AUGAUCCACACCUCUGCCGCCCAGCCGGUCAAUGCGUUUCCCGACACCGACAUCUACACCUUCCUCUUCGAACACUUUCCCCCGCAGAGAGCAGAUGUGCGCGAAUCUUCCAUCCCUCUCCUGGUGGACGAGGCAACCGGUCAGUCCUGGAACUUUGCUCAGGUAAAAGAGCGCGUCGAUCUCCUCUCGCUCGCCCUUCGCCAGCACUUUCAGCUCGACUGGGAUCAUCGUGUUGCCACCUUCACCCCAAACUCCGUCGAAUUCCCCAUCGCGCUCUGGGCUUCCCAGCGCCUCGGCGGCGUCGUCUCCGCCGCAAACCCAGCCUUUGGCGUCAGCGAGCUGGUCUACCAGCUACAAACCGCAAACGCCUCCGUUCUCUUCCUCGGACAUGAUCAAGCUACCCUCGAUGUCGGCCUCGAGGCCGCCAAGCAGGUGGGCCUAGAAAAGAAGCGCAUCGUUGUCAUUCAGGACCCCCAGGCCGUGCACAAGUACUCGGAGGCCAACUAUGGCCGCAUCCAGAAGCGUACGCAGGGGAUGUGGACCGUCGCCGGCCUGGUCGAAGAAGGAAGAGAGAUCCUCCAGCGUCAGGGACCAGCGUGCCUCGAACGUCGCCGCUUCCAGCCCGGCGAGUCAAAAUCUAAGCUCGCCCUUCUCUCUUUCAGCAGCGGCACCACCGGUCUACCCAAAGGCGUCGCCAUCCAGCAUUCGGCGCCCAUCGCAAACGUCCUCCAGCUGUGCGCCUUCAACCAAAUCUCGAGUCGCCUCGGCGAGGACCAGGGCCGCUUCCGGCCGGGCACCGACAUCGCCCUCGGCGUGCUGCCCCAAUUCCACAUCUACGGCCUCAUCGUGGGUGUCCACACCAUGUUCUACGCCGGCGUCACCAAUGUCAUCAUCCCUCGCUUCCGCGGCAUCGAGGCCAUGGUCAAGACCAUUGUCAAGUACGGCAUCUCGAUCUGGUGGCUCGUGCCACCCCAGAUAGUCCUGCUUUGCAAGGACCCCAGCGUGCCCCCAUACAUCGAACAACUCCGAAAGGUCUGUCACUUUGUCAUGGUCGGAGCAGCACCCCUCUCCGACGACCUCAGCCGACAGUUCAUGCGCGCGCUGCCGGGAAUCGACUGGGGACAAGGGUACGGCAUGAGCGAGACUUGCACUGUGACGACGAUGCAUCCGCCGGGCAUGGAUGCGGUGCUGGGCAGCGCUGGCCGCCUCAUCUCCAAUACCGAGGCCAGGGUCGUCGACGCACAGGGAAAAGACUGCGGAUUCGAUACGCCAGGCGAGUUGUGGAUCCGUGGACCGCAAAACACCUUGGGCUACUCGAACAACGCAAAGGCGACGGCCGAGAUGUUCUUGCCUGACGGUUGGAUCCGCACGGGCGACGAGGUCGUCAUCAAUCGCCAGGGCGAUGUUACGAUCGUCGACCGUCUCAAGGAGCUCAUCAAGGUCAAAGGCUUCCAGGUCGCGCCUGCCGAGCUCGAGGGAUGCAUCCUCAACCAGGAGAGCGUCGCCGACGUCGGCGUCGUCGGCGUCACGGACGAAGAUAACGGCGAGUGCCCUCUAGCGUUUGUGGUAUGGAAGGAAGAAGUGCGGCAAAAGUUGCAGCGCGGCGAGGUCAAGGAGGACGACGUGGUCAGGCAAGUCGUCGAGUUCGUCAAGAAGGAAAAGGUCAAGUACAAGCACCUCGGCGGCGUCGUCGUCCUCGAUACGAUCCCAAAGACAGCCAGCGGCAAGAUUCUUCGUCGAAACAUGCGCGAGAUGGCCAAGAAGCUCGACGAGUCGGUCACCAAGCGUUUCAAGGAAGUCCGGCGACAGAACAAGCUCUAG